AUGAGGGGCGGCCCCUGGAACCGGCAGCGGCAAUUGGGUCCCUCCGGUGGCGUGCAUAAACGACCUCGUUCUGACUAUGACCUUGCAGCUCCUGGCCUGUAUUCAGGUCAUGAGAUGCAUAGUUAUUUGGCACGAGAUGAUGAUUUUGGUGAUCCUAGGGCCUUAAAGAAUACAAAAUCAAUUGGAUCAGAAUAUGACAACUAUCUUCAGAAUGUGCAAAUGUCUUCACAUACUUCUGGAGAAGCCAGUAGUUUUGGUGGAACUGGAUUGGGAAGGGCUGUUGGUGGUGGAAUGGUUGGCCUUCCAAUGGCUGAUCAUUCUGUGAUGGGUCAUACUGGACCUAUUGCUUCUGAUCUAAUAACAAAUGGUCGAAAUAUGAGUUUUGCUAAUCAGCUUCCAGUCGAUGCAAUGGCUAGGCCUGGACGUGAAACAGCUCAUUUACCUCCAGACGCUUCCAACACAUUAUAUGUUGAAGGACUUCCUCCUGACAGCACAAAGAGAGAAGUAGCUCAUAUAUUUCGUCCUUUUGUGGGCUAUAAAGAAGUGAGGCUUGUGAGCAAAGAGUCCAAACAUCGUGGUGGGGAUCCUCUUAUCCUUUGUUUUGUGGACUUUGAAAGUCCAGCCUAUGCAGCAACUGCUCUGAGUGCCUUGCAAGGUUAUGAAAUGGAUGAACACAGUCCUGAUUCUAAUUACUUGCGGCUGCAGUUUUCCCGGUUCCCGGGUCCAAGAUCUGGACCUGGAUCCCGUAGUAAGAGGUGA